CGGGGGACGAAUACAAAUCGAACUUUGCCGUUGGUAUUGUUCCCUCUAGCACAAACUGCCGGUGAACGCUUUCACUCGUCUAUAAACUUAAACAAAUUGUGAACGGAAUGGCUACACUCACUUCGGGGCAAUCUAUAGCCGAUGCGGUUGAAGAUCAGGAGGACGAACAGAGCAAUCAUCUUCAGCACUAUGCGGACAAUUUCGAUCGCCUCUGUCGACUGUGCCUAUCAACCGACCAGCUGGUGACUAUCUACUCCAACGUGCAGGGUCGUAAUGUGUACUAUGUACGCAAUUUUGUAAAGUUUGCUCUAGAUUUACUAGCUAUAAAGAUUAACAAGCACGAUAUGCUGCCGAACUUCAUAUGCCAACAUUGCGAGCGUUCUCUGUGCAUAAUUUUCAAAUUUAAAAAGAAGUGCGAUCGGUCGUUGGCCAUUUUAAAGUGCGUCCAGGAUAGCAUGAGCAAACAGGACAAGGUAGUAGUUCCUGAGGCGGAUCUCCAGCAGAAACCAAAGAUACAGCGUAAGAGAAAACGGAGGGCAGCAUCUAAGGUGGUGAAUUGUGAAGAAAUACUGAAACAGCUACCAGCUGGAAUCAACAUCGGAAAAGUAAGUAAAAAUGAAGACGUAACCGUAGCGGACAAAUGUACUGUGGAACAAGAACCGGAUAUGAUCGUAGUUGAACAACCUCCCUCUAUCAGUUAUUAUGAAAAUGGAAUUGAGUCCGCUUUGGAUCAAAAUGAGUCCGAAGAUCCAAUUCACGUCGGUGACCAAAACAUCAGCGUCUCUACAGAGCUACAAUAUGAGCAAGCCUAUGGCGACGAUCAGAUCGACCCGGAAGCAUAUCUUAAAGAGGAAAAGAAAAUUGCACAAGCGAAAAUAGAGGGGGAAUUGUUAGAACUUCUCGAUAUAGAUCACCACGAGUUGGACACAGAGAAGAACAAAUCCAAUGGACGACGGCGAGCGGUGUGUCCGGUUUGCGGCGCAAUGGUAAACAACGUCAAAUCGCAUCUCGUCGUCCAUUCUAACGUGCGGCCACACCAGUGCGAUCGAUGCCCGAAAAGUUUCACCACCCGCAACAAACUCCAAUCACAUACCAACAGUGUCCACCUGCGGAAGCGUGACUUCAAGUGUGACGUCUGCGGGAAGGCAUUCCUGGAGAAGAACAAUUUGAAGGGCCACAUGCGGAUACACAGUGGUGAGCGGAAUUAUACGUGCGACAUCUGCGGUAAAUCAUUUCUGUUUGCCGGCACGCUACGCUGCCACAAGCUGACUCACUCGCAGGAGAAAAACCACGAAUGUCAGAUCUGUGGGAAGCUGUUUCUGAUGCGAACGACGCUCAACAAGCACCUCAAUGUGCACACGGACGAGAGGCCACACAAGUGCGACCUGUGCGAUAAGCGCUUCCGAACCUCCACGCACAAGGUGGUACACAUGCGGACGCACACCGGCGAAAAGCCGCUCGGUUGCUACAUCUGCGAGAUGUCUUUCGCACAUCAUAAGGCGCGUAGUGUUCACAUGAAAACGAAACAUCCGGAAGACUUGGUGAAGCUGGGACUUAUCGAUGAUAGGGGCCAUCUUAAAGUGUAACACGCUUCUAGGGCGGUUCGUCUCUAAUGCUACAAUUGCUGCAUUUGUUAUGUCUGUGACUUAUCAACACGAUUAAUGACAUGUUUUAAUUUGACUGCACAGUCGUGUCUUUCGUAGGAGAUUGUAAAAGCUCCCACCUUAAAUUCUAAUAAAAAUAAAAACUAUU